ACCACAUCCAACCUCCUGCAGCCCGGCCGCGGGUAACCUGCACCCCGCCGGCCGCCGGGGUGGGCUGUGGUGGCCGAGGCAGAGGUCGGCCGCGGGGGUGAGGCGUCCUCAUGAUUUCUCUCUCGGACCAUGUCCAUCAUCCUUUUCGCCAGCAUCGUACGGGUGAGGGAUGGACUGCCCCUCUCAGCCUCCACUGACUUUUACCACGCCCAGGGCUUUCUGGAAUGCAGGAGGCAGCUCAAGACCUUAGCCCAGAGGCUGGCUCAGCAUCCAGGCCGAGGCUGUGCAGAAAGUUGUGACUUCCGUAUCUAUUUUUCAUCAUCAGGGGACGUGGCCUGCUUGGCCAUCUGCUCGCUCCAGUGCCCAGCAGCCAUGGCUUUCUGCUUCCUGGAGGCUCUGUGGUGGGACUUCAUGGCUUCCUACGACACCACCUGCAUCGGCCUGGCCUCCCGGCCCUACGCCUUUCUUGAGUUUGACAGUGUCAUCCAGAAAACAAAGUGGCAUUUUAACCACCUGAGCUCCUCCCAGAUGAAGAGUGGCUUAGAGAAGAUCCAAGAGGAGCUCGAGUUCCAGCCUCCGGCUGUCCUGUCCCUGGAGGACACAUAUGUGGCAAAUGGCAUGCCAAAUGGACACACCCCAGUGCACUCUGAACCUGCUCCAAAUCUGCGGAUGAAGCCGGUGACAGCCCUGGGUGUCCUCUCCCUUGUUCUCAACAUCAUGUGCGCGGCCCUGAACCUGAUCCGCGGAGUGCACCUCGCAGAGCAUUCUUUACAGGUUGCUCAGGAGGAAGUUGGAAACAUCCUGGCUUUCUUUAUUCCUUCUGUAGCCUGCAUUGUCCAGUGUUAUCUGUACCUGUUCUACAGUCCAGCCCGGACUCUGAAGGUGCUGCUGAUGCUGGCCUCCAUCUGCCUGGGCAAUGCGUACCUGCAUGGGCUGAGGAACACCUGGCAAAUCCUCUUCCACGUAGGAGUGGCUUUUUUGUCUUCAUAUCAGAUCCUGACCAGACAGCUACAGGAGAGGCAGUCUGACUACGGAGUGUGAUGAGGGUGUCCUGCGGUGGAUGGCACCUUUGAUUUUUCCCCCCUUUGGAAGGCCAGUCUGUUUCCACUCCUGCUUCUCAACUUCACCUCAAACCUCCAUUCUUGAUGCUCCUGAGGUCACAGAUUCUGGCGGGGACAGUGGAGGACCCGGGGCUGCUGGUUGCUAAUCUUGGUCUGUGUGGAGCAUUUGUGCAGAACCACCAGCCGAGCACAGGUCCGGGCAGCCGGAGCAGGAGCUUGCUCGGAGAGCAUCCGUGAUGGUCAGAGUGGUGGUAUCUUGGUCUCCUAAAUCUAAUGAUAACUGCAAACCACUAGAUUCCAUAAUGUUAGGUUUAGUAACUGGCAGGUGUCUUUGAGGAAACUCUUCAAAGUUGGUGUCAGUUUGUGGGCUCAGCGUAAGCUCUGCUUUCCUCACGUUGUCAGCACAGGUAAAGAAGCUUGAGAAUCUGGCUCACAAACACAAGCUAGGGAAAUUUUGUUUACAUUUUUGAUAACUUGGGUUCGGUAAACUUGGAAUAUUUAAAUAUAUUUUGGAUAUAAAUUGAAACUCAUUCAGAAUGAAGCAAACUUAGGCUGAGAAAAUGCUAAGGAAAUCCACGUUUAUUUAAAUUACAGAGCCCUUUUAUGGUGGUGGGACUUUAUGGAUGGUUUAUAUUUAUUUGCAGAACCUAUCUGAAUUAUGUUUGGAUUAAUCACCAGUAUCACUGGGUCAUAAGCACAUAAGCACGAGCAGAUGAGAUUCAGGGUCCUCUCAGAGGGCAGAGUGGAGGGGAAAUGCCAGGGUUUCAGAGGUCCUUGACAGAAAUGGGGGAGGCUGCUGUUACCAGCCUUUGUUGUGGCAGCUGGGUGCUCGGGCACUGUAGCAGUGCUGGAGACGUGGCCCUGCGCACCUCCUCUUGAGAGAGGCCUUCCAAGUUAAUUACUCCUCCGCCUUCCCUUGAGCAUCUUAAUUAGACCACAGGCCUCAUUUUAUGGACAGGUAUUAAGUAGGUGUUGAUGCUCAAAAGCCUUGUGUAACCGGCACAUCUCUGUAAAGCUGCUACGGUGUGCUUCAGAGUAAGAGCCCCCCCCCCCAUCUCCAGUGUGGGUAUCUGGUGGUACUCAAGAAACCAUGUUGGGGGUCACCCCUCUGGCUUGUUCUUGGAGUGUACCCACAAUUUUGUGGGUUGGCCCAUGAGGCUCCAAAAGUGAUAAGCCCUAUUUUGGUAGUUUUUAAAGGAGAAAACCAUCCCAAAAGUUACGGCGAUGUGGGGGAAGCCAGAGCGUAGGGCUAGAGAAUUCUGUUAAAUUUGGCUGUCAUUGGUAACCCGUGUUAGCCAGCUGUCAGGUAUUGUUUCAGGAACAAGGUUAUUGACUCAGAACUGGAUUGAAAACAUUAUCUCCAUUGUAAUUGUCUUUCCUUAUAAGAGAAUUUUCUAUUUUUAAUCGAAUCUGCAGCGUCUGGGUAUGAAUGUCGUAUUGGCAGCAUCCUUGGAUGUGAGCUUCAGCCGUGCGUCGCUGUUGAUCUCACACCUGUGUAACACACCUGUGUACAUUUGUGUCGCCUGCAGGCAAGUGCUCACUCUUCCUGAUAGAAUUCUGAAGUGGGAAAGAGGAAGGCAGAGGAGGAAGAAAAUUCUUUUUUUUUUUUUUAAGAAAAUUCUUUUAAUUCAAAGCACACAUUCAAAAAAAAAAUUUAAAGUAAUUAAAAAAAAAUCAGCCUAAAAUUGUAUUGUUUUCCCCUUGAGCCUGUGUGGUUCUGUGUUGCUCUGUAUCUGGCUACCGCACACACUCUAGGGUCUGAGCCUGUGGUUGUCAAUCCACAAGCAGUAACGAAGCAGGUAUUCCCUGAGGGCACCCUUGUUACAGACGCUUCACACUUCAUAGAUGCUAAGCUAGUGAGGUGUUACCCGUGCUUGGUGACAAGGCUGGUGACCUAUCAUCUAGAUGGGAUUCCAGACUGACUCUUACAAGUGGAAGGAGAAGACAUCCUCAAGGGAAAAGGAAUGCGCUGAUGGCAGAGUCCAGACAGGAGAAGCCUCACCUCCCUGGAGGAAGAAGCUAACGACAGGACAGGACAGAAGUCCCAGGCUUCAGGUGCCUUGUUUCAGGCUUAGAUGUUUGCAGCCCAGUGGGAGCCAGGACAAAUUGGUUCCAAGGCAGGAGUGUUUCUUUGCCCAUCGCUGGCUCCUCUUCUGGUGGGUGCUGCUUGCCCAGCGGCUCACAGGAAAUGGUGCAAACAGUGAGCUCAAGGUGCUUUCUGUUCAGGGCUGCCUGUCUGCUGUUAGCCGGUGGGAGCAGCCCUGUGUUGGCUUAGGCAGAAAGCAUUUUGUUUGGGUUGCUUUUCCCUCCGUGAGCAUCAAAGGAACUCUACCAGGUUCUCCUUUUUCAGGGUAGAGACAGCUGGGCCAUCUGAGGUCAACUUGCCUCUCGGUCCCAGAUGCCUCACAGACCCCACGGGAGCAGUAGGGUUUUGGUUCUUGCUAUCCGUGAACCCUGCUGACAUGCGUGUGAGCCUUUUUCUUGACCCUCUUUCUUUCCUAGUCACGGUGUUUCCCCUCCCCUGCUUGUUUCCACUCUGCCUCCUACAUUCCUGCCUGCAGAUAGAGAUGCAAGCUAGAGUCUGUGGAGAGCCAGGAAGCCUAGCAUCAGUAAUGGAGAGGGAGGCAGCUUUGGAAUCCCACCCUCUGCCCUGCCUUGGCUCAGCACUCAGGGGAAGUAGCAGGAUGGCUGUCAGCACUGCUUAGGGUCAAGGGCCACAGCCAGCAGGCCUAAAUAGGUGGCUGUUUGGAGAGUAGGAGGUGGCCUGAGGUGGGAAGAGAAGUGGCUGCCCAUCUACCAGUGCCCCGGGUGUGUCAAGGGCUGCAUGCCAUGCUUUCAUUCACUCCUGUCCUGUGCUGCCCCCCAGGGAGCCACCUGUAACAUCAAUACUUCAAGCUCCCUCCUGUGUGUUUGACAGGAAUGACGUGUGACGGAGGCUAUACAUGGCCAGGGUGCUCACAGCUGUCAGCUGUGUCCAGCAAACACUUGCUAAACUGUUGCUCAUGUCUGUCUUCCCAUGUGUGCUGUGAGAGCCCAGAGUGGUGGAGAAAGAGAAACCCAGGGUGCCCUUGAGAGGUGAGGUGAGGGAAAGGAACGCACAGGUAAGCCAACCCAGCGGCCUGGAGAGGAGCGUGGCUCUUCCACUCAGGCCUGGGUCACAGUAGAAGUCCCUGCAUGCCCUCCUCAGUGCCCUUAGGAUUGUAGGUAGUCACAAAGGGGACUACUGUACAUGUACAGGAAGAAAGGGCUAUAAGGCCACUGGGUGUGUGCAUCAGGCAGCAGGCUACACCGGCGUUCAAGCAUCUACAGGGUGGCAUUUUAUGCUGCUGCAGUCCAAAGGCCCCAUGCCUUCAUUCCAGAAAGGAACUGGUCCCUUUCAUUCCCAGAUCUGCCUCACGGGUUUCUGUGCAUGGAGCCCCGACAGUCAGCGUCAGUAGACCUGCUUCAGGAUCCAAGAAAACUGGUUUUGUAGGCUGCCUCCAUCUCAACAAGGAAAGCUCCUAUGCUCCACCACUCCUGACCACCCAGAACAGAUCACUCUUCCUCCUCCUCUUCUUCCUCUCCUCCUCCUCUUCUUCCUUCUCUUCUUCCUCCUCCUCUUCUUCUUCCUCUUCCUUUUUUGGUUUUGUUUUAUUUUUCAGUAUAGGGUUUCUCCAGCCCUGGCUGUCCUGGAACUUGCUCUGUAGUUUCAGUACAGGGUUUUCUCUAGCCCUGGCUGGCCUUGAACUCAUGGAGAUCCACCUGCCUCUGCUGCUCCCCCCCCCCCCCCCCCCGCCCCAAGUGCUGAGAUUAAAGGCAUGUGUCACCACCGCCUGGCUGGCACUGUCACUUUUGCAUUGCCAGAGAGAUAGACGUCAGCAGGGCAGCUGUGGAAGGGGGCUUGGUAUUCCAUCUGGGAAUAGUGGAUAGUGGACUAGGGAAAUGUCUGCACAUGUGAAGUCAUGGGCAGGGCUGUGGCCCUCAGCUGCCUUUUAUCUUAAGGUAAAAUGAAACCCGUUGUUUCCCUUUGAGCCGUGUUUGCUUCGUACAUGUGGCCUCGAUCCUUCCAGCGAUAGGAUCCUGUGAUUGCUUCAGGAACAUUAUGAGUUCUUUGUAUAACUCAGCCUCUAGGGUUUGAUUUGACUUAAUGGGCUUUUCUACUAAGAAAAUAAAAACUGAGGCUAGUUUCGGCAAAACCAGUUACCCCUCAGUCACCCUGUAUGUGCUGCCCAUGUUAUAAGCUACUUUUCCAUUGACAACAAAGAUCUAUUUUGAGUCCAUGAUGGGCACAUUCUAACUUUCACAUGCUCAAACUGAAACGUGUGUCAGCGUGCGGAUCUUAUACAGCUGUUUAUAUACUGUGUAUAUUAAAAUUAAAAUGAUGUGAGGUGGCUUAAGAAGUGUGUGGAGAAUAAAUCUAAAGUGUU